AUUAACAUGAAGGUAUUCGGAAUUAUAGCAUUGUUGUUAAUUACAACUUACUGUUAAUCCAAUGAAAUAGAUGUUGUAUUAAAAAUGUUAGCAGAUUUGAAAAAUGGAACUUCAAAAUAGCUAGAACAACUUGAGGCUGAUUGGAGUGCCACUAGAUAUGUAUGAAUAUUAUGGAAAGUAUAAGACAAAACAAGACAUAGUGAAUGAUUUGAUGAGAUCUGCUUCUACUUAAAGAGGAGAAUGUAAUCGAAGAGACCAAGAAUGGGCUAACAAAGAGAGAGAUAUUAGAAUUACUCUAAGCUAUAUAAGUUGGUUAGAGAAAAGAAUCAAAGAGAAUAAUGAAAGACUAUAAAGAUUAGAUAUCAAUAGAUGCGAGUCUAAUUCUAAUUUCAUUAACGAUAUCAAAAAUAGCAAGAAAACUUUGAAUUUAAUAGCUUUUCUUAGAAGAGCUAUUAAAAAUGCUAAAGAAGUAAAUAAUAAACAUAAUCCUAUAGACUGACUUACCAACAUUAUUAUAAUCUGCCUAAUUCAUAUAACUAAAAUCAUAUUUAGCUGAUGAUGAAGAUGAAGCAGAAGUGACUUCUGAAACAAACGAACCUCCUCAUGUUUAUGAAGAUGCAGAAGUCGUUGAAGAUGACACUUAAGAGGAUACUUAAGAGGAAACCUAAGAUGUUGAAGAAACAAAUCAAGAAACUACUGAAGAUGCAGUAGAUGAAACAACAGAAGCAGAAGAUCAUGAAAUUGAAUUACAUGAUUAAAUUGAAGAACCUGAGGCUCCUGUUCCUGAACAUCCUUUUGAAGAUGCUGAAAAGGCUACAAAUGAAUAAUUAGCUAAGGAAGCUGCUGCCUUCAAUAAAAUUAUUGAAAAAGGAUAAAAAGCACCUGCUGAAUCUGGAUCUACUAAGGAUUAUAGUUAAUUCACUGUUGCUUAAUAAGAAUUACUUAAUUUCCUUGAUAUCCUUGAAUCAGAAGUCAGAGGAUCUUUUUCAAAAAAAUAAGACAAUCAAGUUAAUUCUGCUAUGGGAUAUAGUGAUUUCAAAGGAUUAAUCUUUAGGGAAAAUGAAACAUUUAAAGGUCAUCUAGUAGCUGAAGAUAUCAAUCUUGUAUUUAUUAGAUUUAUAAAUAGGAAAAAUUAUAAAAUCAAUUGAUUACUAUUUUACAAGCCACAGCUGCCUGUAAAGAAAGAUUAAAGAAAAUCCAAAACUCUAUUGAUUUAGCAAAUGAAGUUUUUAUUUAUUGUAAUUUUAGGACUUGAAUAAUGCUGAAGGUCAUUAUAAAUCAGUAAGUGAAACAUUGACAGAAGAGUUAAACACUUUUGAUGACGUUUAUAGAAUUUAUUCAAGUUAAGUUGGAUCUCAAAGUUAAUCAUAUAAGAGAGAUGUUUAAGGCAAAAUUACCAAUUGA